AUGCCCAUCACAGAGGGUGCACCGCGCCACGGAAACCCAGCGAACCUGCUGCCACCAUCAUGGAAGAAGAGCAUUAGCCUUUGGCUUGAAGAGGACACACCAAGCUUCGACUACGGAGGCUUCGUCGUAGGCGAUCGUCCAGCAGAGGCAAGACUUCUGGCGAAGAGCCCGGGCAUUCUGGCAGGCGUGCCAUUCUUCAAUGAGGUCUUCAGACAGCUCGACUGCACCGUGGAGUGGCAUGCGAAGGAGGGAGAUGAGGUUGGCAAAGAGAAGAAGCAACACGUCGCCACGGUGAAGGGUCCAGUGAGAUGCGUGCUGUUGGGCGAAAGAGUGGCUUUGAAUCUGCUCGCGAGAUGCUCUGGCAUUGCUACCAAGUCCGACUCGCUGUUGUCUCUACUCCGCAAGGCGGGCUACAAGAACACUCUCGCUGGCACACGAAAGACCACCCCGGGCUUCAGACUCGUGGAGAAGUACGGAAUGCUGGUCGGCGGCUGCGAUCCCCAUCGACAAGAUCUCAGCGCGAUGACUAUGCUCAAGGAUAAUCACAUCUGGGCGUGUGGUGGUUCGAUCCCGACUGCAGUGGCAGCAGCAAAGGCAUCUGCAGGGUUCGCUGUCAAGGUGGAGGUGGAGUGUCUGACAGAGGAAGAGGCGAACACGGCAAUAGAGGCGGGAGCUGAUGUGGUCAUGCUCGACAACUUCACACCAGACGGUGUGAGAGUAGCAUCCAAGAACUUGAAAGACCGCUGGGGAAGGGGUGUGAAUGCCAGAGCUCUCAUCGAAGUCUCAGGCGGGCUGACGGAGGACAACGUGGCGGACUACGUCUGCGACGACAUCGACAUCAUCAGCUCAUCGAGCAUCCACCAAGGCGUGAAACAUGUUGACUUCUCGCUGAAAGUGGUGCCGAAGGAGACGAACGGGAAAGCGGGAAGUGGCGACGCAGCUGAGACGUGA